AGAAAUAUAAAACAAAUCGCGGCUGCAAAAUUAAAACGUAUAUGUUUGGAGGAAACAGUUUAAACGAAUUUGAUUGUUUCUCGAAAAAAGGGUGGCGUGUUAUUGAGCCCUCACGGAAGCCAAUCAGCGAGCGGAGUGGUUGCUUGGCGUUAAGCACGCGGGAAGUUGCUGCAUGAUGGCGGUUCAGGGCGGAGAGGUUCCUGACAUGAUGGUUAAUACAGAUGAGAGUCGAGUAGUCGAUUUAUCAGGAUUGGGAUUGCAGCAUUUGGAUACAGUUGCUCUGUGCCUGACAAGUACCUUGAUUCUGGACAAGAACCAUCUGACUAAACUGGAAAAUGUGGAGAAAUGUGGAGAUUUAGUACAAUUGUCUGUAGCCAACAAUCGCCUCGUCCGUAUGGUCGGUGUAGCAAAGCUUGUUAAUUUGCGGGUCUUAAACUUGCCUAACAACAGUAUUGGAAAUGUGGAAGGCCUGAAGGACUUGGUUCAUCUAGAGUGGCUCAACUUAGCUGGAAACAAUAUUAAGUCUAUGGAACCAGUUAAUAACUGCUUGGCACUUCGACAUUUAGAUUUGUCAGACAACAAUAUUUCCCUGAUAGGUGACCUAUCAAAACUCCUGUCUCUGCAGAUACUGCUGUUGCAUGGAAAUACUAUCACCACACUUCGAUCUGCUUCCAGUCAUCUGCCACCAGACUUGACCAUCCUUUCUCUAGCUGAAAAUGAGAUCAGAGAUCUCAAUGAGGUUUCUUAUCUUGGAUUCCUUCGUGAGUUGGAACAGCUGUCAAUCAUGAGCAAUCCAUGUGUAAUGGCUACCCCCUCCCUCCCUGGAUUUGACUAUAGACCAUACAUAGUCUGUUGGUGUUUAACCCUGCGGAUUCUAGAUGGUUAUGUAAUCUCACAGAAAGAGAGCCUCAAAGCAGAGUGGCUUUACAGUCAAGGGAAAGGCCGAUCAUUUCGACCUGGUCAGCAUGUGCAGCUGGUCCAAUAUUUGGCCUCAGUUUGUCCUCUCACUUCAACUCCAGCACUGCAAUCUGCAGAGGAUGCUAAACUUGAAAAAAUCCUAAGUAAACAGAGGCUUCACCAAAUGGAGCUCCUGGAGAAGCUUCAGAGUAGCAGCCAUGUUUCACAGUCAAGUCCAACCCGAAAAUUGUCAUUUCAAAGUGAAAGCAACAGCCCAACUCAAAGUUGCAAUGCCCAUAAUGUACAAGAACAUGUAAUUCGAAUUAACGCAUGGGUUGGUGCAAGUGACCUUGGAGACCAAUGUCAAACUGUCGAGCAGUUCUCAUCAAGACAGACUGUAGGGUCUUGUCAGAGUGAGCUCUUAUUGGAGGAUAUCCAGACUGAUGAGGACAAGCUUAAUUGCAGUCUUCUCUCUUCAGAAUCUACAUUUAUGCCUGUAACCAAUGCAAUGUCUCCUCUUUCACCUUCCAGCGAUCAAAGGCUUCCUGGACGUAUUCUAGCUGUAGAAGCUGAUGUGUCAUCGUUGCAUUUGGAAACUGGGGAUAUGCAUGAGGAUAGUGAUGAUCAAAAAUAUCAGAGGGCUGCAAGAAGAACAGAAAACUAUGUAGGAUGGGUGGAAAAAGCCAUUUCCAAAAGUGAAGAAGAGAAUGACAGCAAAUUGUUCCAUGUAUCCAGUCCAAUGAAAUCAUGUGUAAAUGUUAGUACAAGUGUAAACAACUGCUUGGAGUCAGCUGCAUUAUCAAAAGAGCACAGUUUGCUGGACAACAGAUUGCCCAAAUGCCCAUCAGUGGAAGUUGACCAGAAGAUGAUAGGAGAAGACUCAAAGCCAGAUAAGUCUGGCUCAUCUGAAAGAGUUGAGCCAAACCCAGAAUUUCUAAAUCAAAUUAAUAAAGCAGCCGUAAAGAUUCAAGCACUCUGGCGAGGAUUCUAUACCAGGAACUGUGAUAAAAAGGCAAAGGAAAUACGUUGUGAAAUCCGGCUGCGUAGGAUGCAACAACAUAUACAAUACUUAACUGAAGAAGUAAUCAGAUGGAGAAAAGAAUGUGAAGAAGAACGUAUGCAAAGGAUGGUGCAAGAAGAAGCUGUAAGGUUUUUAUGGAACCAGGUUCGGAGCCUCCAAGAAUGGCAAAUAUGCAUGACUCAGAAGCAGAAUGGAGCAUUGCAGCCCCAUGCUAAAGAAUCCGUUUCCCCACAGCAUACGUUUAUUCAUUCAUUUGAAGGCACACCACAGUCCUUUCUCUUGAAUGACCACCCGAAUCCUACUUCUGGACAAGAUACUCACUUGGGAUGUUCGUUGCAAGAAUUUCCUGAUUCUGGCUUUCAGUCCUCAGCCAUCACCCGUAAUUGUCUCCAAGAUUCCUUGAAUUCUCGUCGGAGUUCUUCAACAGGGAGCACAAACACAGUUGUAGAAGUCCCCUGCGUUGUUACAAAAGAUUACGAGUGUUUGACUGAGGAGUUCAAGGAGCCAGAAACCCUAGAUUCCAGCCGCACACCCAGUAGUAAAGAAAACUCGGAUAACAGUGAGCAGGACAGCAGUCUUAUACAGCAGUAUCUUAAUUCAUUAAGGCAACUGGAUGCCGAAGAUGAUGAACCAAAUUUUAGCAGGAGGACAGAAUGCAGUUCACAAGAAUGUGGUACUGUGAACAAUGUUCAUGAAUCCCUUUGUGGUGCUCAAAUUCAAAUGUCUGGUGAUUGUAAUACCAAGUUUCCAGAAGUGGCUGUCAUUGAAACUGACAUUGUGGACUGUAUAGAUGUACAAGGAAAAAUUCAUGAACUAAUCCCAAAGCAUUGAGUAGAUGCCAAUAACUAGUUAACUAUUCAGUUAAGAACAGUGCUGAUAAGGUCAUUUUUUUUUGACAAUAUGCAUAUUAACGUGAAAGCAAUAUAUGAAGACAUAGAAAUAUUCACGCUGAAAAAUACUCCAUUCAGAAAUGAAAUAUUACUGUGAUAGUUACAGUUUAUUUCUUUCAAAAGCUCUUAGAAUGUGAUUUACAUAAAAUAUUAACAAUUAAUUAUUUAGAUUUUCUUGUCAACAUUCCAGAGCAAUGAUUUUCAGCCUACAAUCUUAAAAUUUUUUGAAUGGUUUUUAUUUUCUGAAGAAUAACACUUACUCUCUUCCGUCAGUGUACUGAGACAUUCACAAUUCCUGGUUCAAAAUCUACACAUCUCUGCACACCACCUGUUGGCAUGAUAGCAUGUCCAAGAUUAUUCCAUUCCUGUAUGACAUAUGAUAGUGGCGAAUUUGCAUACCACACUGGCAAAACUUAUGUAGCAGCAAUCUAGAAUGUCAUCAAUUUGCUAACUUGUUUCUGUUAGUCGUCUUUAUUGAUGGAAAUAUGUUCUUCACCAUUGCAACAAUGUUAUUUAUGGUGCGAGGUGAUGCUCAUGACGGACUGAUUUAGCACUACUCUGCCAAGAAGAGAUUAUGUUAUUGUAGUUUUGACAGAUUUCUGCAACCAUAAUUUCUCUCACAUUCUAAUUUACACUGUUAGUAGACCUGUUUUUGUAUCCCAAGGAUUCUAAUUCUUGAACCGUUGAUAGACAACCUAUAAUCAGCUAAUCAAAAGCUAAAAUAAUAUAUAAGUAGCUAUAAUGGAGUUUUCUUUUAAAUAUGAAACCGCAAGCAGUUAAUUGUGUAUUUGGUAAGUGUGCAUUUCUUUACUAUUGUGGAAUAAUUUAUUUGCCUGUCCUUGGGAGAGAGUAAACUUUAUUGGGCCUGCAAACCAAACAUUAAUGAAGUUGACUAAAUACAUUGCAGAUAUGGUUCUGAAUUGAAAACCAUUCGAUUUCGAAUUGUACUAAAAGCUAAUGUGAGACAUUACAAUAGAAUUCAGCAUUUCUUUAACCAGCUCAUUGCGCAUGACCAUUAUUCCUUAAUCUUCCAUGUGUCUGUGAGCAUCCAGUGAAGACAAAACCAAGCUGAACUGUGAUGUCAAGUAAUUAACCAAACUGUUGUUACCUAGCAUCACAUAUAAAAUUAACUUUGACUUGUCAAAGCCUGCAAAAUAUAUCUUGUAUUGUAUUGUGUUAUGCUGUCAGUGAUAACAUUAUGAGCAAUUAACUUACUGGAGAACUACUUCUGUGAAAUUAUAACAAAAAUGAAAACAAAACAGGUUGCUAUGCCUGUACUAUUCUAUCUUAUGUGUAACCAUGUGGUUCGGAGCAAUUCCUUUGAACUUCAUUGUACAUUUAGAUGUGUGGCAUGGAAUGGGCUACUGAUCUGAGGUUUAUUUGCAGCUGAACUUGUAUAUAGAGACUAAAGCUGAAGAAAAUGUUACUAACACUGGAAAAAGUUACAUCCCUUAUAUGAGUGAUUUAUUGUGUCAUUUUAUGUAAUGAAUAUAUGAAUGCUUAUAUUUGGAUUAUUGAUAUUAUGCAUGAAACAUAUCCUCGAUACUUCGAAGUAGUUUCUAGUGAAAGUUAUGACAAAUAAUAACUAACCACUAAGAUAUGCAUGUACCUCUUGCUCAAAAACAUCGCAUUUUUCAACCAAAUUGCAUUUUACAAAAGCAGUGUAAAGAAAGGAAAUUAUAUCCAAGCGAUUAAGUAUUAAGUGACCAUUUGACUUUAGCGUAACCUGGGUGCACAUCUUUUUAGUGGCAAUUUUUACACUUCCAAAUGAUGCAAAGUUCUUUUUGGCCUUUGCUUAUUUUGGUUCAAGGAUGAAUAUCUGUAAGAAAUAUGCAUUUAAAAUUUAUGAACCCUAAUAAUGUCUGUGCCACAUGUAAGAAUUGUUAACUAUAUGGGUUGGGGGAAAGGUGGAGAAAAGAAUUGGGGUGAGCAAACUGAUAAGUCACAGAAUUCCCAAUCUUACAUGUGGAAGUUUUUAUGUUCUUACUGUCAUUGCUUUAACCUGUAGGGAUUUGAAAUCUGGUUCAAAUUUACUUAUUCUUGGAACAAGUGCAUAGUCUUCAGAUUUGUUUGUACUGGAGUAAAAAUGCUCUGCAGCAUGCACUGAAGACAAAGAUUAUGAUAAUUGAAUUCCACAAAGGUCAGUAUCUCUCCAAAUCAAUAUUUUUGCAAUAACCAUCUUUCUGCCUUUUUCAAGCUUUGUGUUUUACAUGUAUAAUACACUGUUUUGUUGAUGUGAGAACUUUUGAAAUGCAGUUAUUUGUUAAUCAAAUUUAAGUUACCUCAUCUGUACAGUAAUACACCUUUUGCUUUGCUUUUUAAAACAAAUUUUCUUUGUGGUUGACGGGAUAGCAGGAACUGAUUUGUCACUGUAAGCAGUUUCGUUAACCUUCAUUUGUACAUAAAGCUUUCUCAGUACUGUCAGAUGUCAAUUUUAUUUGUAACAAAAUGUAAAUAAAGCCUGUAGACCAUAACCUAAUGUUUUAGAAUAGAGCUGAUAAGAUUUACAAGCAGUUGAGGUUCACAAGCAAUUUGUGAAUUUGCAGAAGUAUUUUAUAUCCUGGUCCGAGAAUGAGAUCUUUGACUUUAGCCUGUGUGUGUGUGUGUGUGUGUGUGUGUGUGUGUGUGUGUGUGUGUAUAUCUGUUAGAUAUAUACUUUUUAUUACCCACUGAAAACCAUCUUCCCCAUGAAUUAUCUGAAGUGGUUUCUUAUUUUGUAGAGACAAAAAUAGGGGGAAAUUGACAACUGCAACAAAUUGACAUCAACAUGUGAGUUCCAUCAGUUGAAAAGCAUAAAUGAAUUACUGUUUUAGAAAUUCAUUUUGUAACGAUGGGUCUCCACCUAAAAGUCAACUUUCCUGAAUUUUAGGACCCUCCAUUUUGGCAUGUUAAUUUGAAAAUCAAGAGAGAAUCAAUUUGAUAUUGCAUUGAGUAGAAUCUGGGCCAGACUUAAAUUCACCAUUAAACAAAAAAACCCAAAGAACUGUAGAUGCUGAAAAUCAGAAACAAAACCGAAAUUGCUGGAAAAGCUUGACAGGUUUGGAGAGAAAGAGGUGUUAAUGGUUUGGCUCCAUUGACCCUUCUUUGUUUUGCUCUAUGUUCUUAAUUUCCCAUUGUUUUGACAAAUUUAGCCAUGUAAUCUGAUAAUCUGGCCAAUGAACAAAAUUGAGAUCAAAGCCCAAAUUAUCUCUUGAUGGCAGUUAAUUAUGUUGAAACAGUUGAUUAGUUGGAGCACUAUCCCAGGAAUCUAAUGGAACAAAGUUAGUGAUUUAAGAAAAAAUAUAUUCUUGAGCAGAAUUGAAGUCUGUGGCACAAUUUAAUCCUGAGUAAUUUCAAUAUGACCUACCAAAUUUAGAUGUUGUUUAGUCUGGACAGGAACAGCGUGCUUUCACCAAAAGCCUGUCACAAUUAACCACCGGCCAAAAAAAUUAUUUUGUAUGUAAGUGUAAACUAUUGUUUCUAUAUUUGAAGGGCAAGUUUGUGGUCUAAUUUAUUGUUUGUUUACAUUAUAUUUAUUUGAAUACUUUGGUACUUUUUUUGUA